UAUUUUCCAAUUAUCAUUAACAUUUCAUAGCUUCACUCAACUUUAUUCUAAUUGUGUUGAAAGCACUAAAAAUGUAAAAUACCUAUUGUUUUUGCGUUGUGCACUACGUGCAGACGAAAUGGCGCGUACACUGCAAUAAUUUCAAUUCAAAUAAGUAUUGUUUUUUUAUAUUACACACAAAUGUUGACAGAAUUUUUAUUUGCACAGCUUGUGAGUUUGACGUGGUGUUUCUUAUUAGAAGUUUYUUUGUAUCCAACAUACCAAAACGACCUGGUCAGCUUGCAAUGGGGUCUCAGUAGUGCUGUAUACACUCGUCUAAAAUGCGGUUGUUGAAUAUUAAUAGCGUGGCGUUUCUAUUACUUAGUUUUGUGGAGUAUAAUUGUGCAACACCUAUUGUUGGAGGCAAUGUAAUUUAUAAUCCAGGAAAUGCAGCACCUAAGUAUCCUUAUAUGGUUUCCAUACAAGAAUUGCAUAAGCCYAUUGAUUCACGGGGCGUUGAAGAGUUUCGACAUUUCUGUGGUGGCGCUAUGUUAAAUCGUUGGUGGUUCGUGACUGCAGCACAUUGUUUUUUGCGCAAAAAGUUAGCACGCAUAUCAGCCGUUAUCGGUCAUGAAAACCUCUCAAGCGCCAAUCGGAAUAACAGUCGCUACGCCAUCGAACGUGUUAAGUUUAUUUACUACCAGCCUACAAAUAUUCAAAAUGAUAUUGCCUUGGCACGCUUAAGGAAGUCAUAUGAACCGGAGCUGAAUUUAAUAUACCAUGCGUUUGGCACCUUACCAUUGCCUGAUAUGAAAAAUUUAAGCGGUGUUUCCUGCCAGAUUAUAGGCUAUGGUGCAACACAAUAUGCUGGGGAAUUACAAAACAAUCUGAUUGAAGGUGAGGUCAAAAUAAUUACAAAACAAGAGUGUAGCGAUAUAUUGGGCAGAAUAUUGGCACCACCACAUGACGAAACUACACUCUGUGCAUUGGGUGAUAACCAAGAUACUUGUCAGGGAGACAGCGGUGGACCUUUAAUAUGUAAAGUGAAUGAUGAUGCUUACGUAUGUGGUAUUGUAUCGCAUGGACUAACUUGUGGUGUAACAGGUGUACCCAGUAUCUAUACAGCUAUAGUACCUUAUUUAGAGUGGAUUACAUGGAUAAUCAAUGACAAAGUAGAAGAUAGCUGAAAAUUACACAAAAAUUAAAAUUAAAUUUGAACAGCGGAUGCUUACAAUUAUUUUAUUUCCUACUUAUCGAAAUCGAUAAAUGUAGGUUAUAUCUGUCAAUGAAAAUUACUUUGGUUUGAUGUUGAGGCUAAGUGAAAUAUUAUAAUAUUUGUUUAGCAAGUUAUUGAAAUACUAUUAAAAAAUUACUUUAAAGACGCUUAUGCUUACGAUGUAAAGAAAUAUAUCGUUAAUAACAUUUAUUUAUUUACAAAUACAGCAAACGUUGCACGUAAUCAUACGGUGCUGGUAACACUUA